UUCAUUUGCGCGGGGUGAGAUCGUCGACAUGUUUGUUCCCACGUAGAUCACGAUGUCAGUCAUACGGACAUACACAUAAUGCCAUUUCAAAUGAAGGAUGGAAGGAGUGAUCAGAUGCAAGAUGAUGCACAGGCUGCAAGUAAUCGGUGUUGUUUAUAUUUGUGGUGCGUGUAGAGGUCUAUGUGUAGAAAGAAUCUGAGUAACAGACAAAGAACACACAUGCGAUAUCUAGUUUUCGUGAUCCUCAGCGUUUCUUGCGAUUGUGCCUAGUGUACUUGGCUCUCCACCUCUCAGUGCUUGAAUUGCAGGCCACUGCGUGCCCUUCGAGUCCUUGCUGUUUCAGAUUUGGCCACCGAAGACCAUGGCGGAGAGUGCGAAUGUUGUCGUUGAAGCCAUCCAUAAGCCGCCAUCAAGCACCAGCCAGCACUCGGAAGCAUAUCUCCCUGCCGUUGCAGGAGAAGGACGCCUGUACAUGAAAGAAGAACCAGCGUUGGCCGGCGCAUGGGGUGGGGGUGAGGUCACACUCCAGGACGGAACUGGGGCAACCUCAUCAGAGGAAGAGGAGGUUGAUGCAAUGUCUACGAAUGCCGGUGCAAGUGAAAUGCUGCUGACUGCAACAACCGGCGCCAGUGCGUACUUCAACAGGGCAGAGAGUAGCGCUAUGAAAGAUGCUGAGGCCCUGGACAAUGCCGAGGAAGAUGGACGACUGGUCAUCAUGGAAGACACUGAGGAUAGCAAGUUUCUGCUCAAGCAGUCAGCAUCACCGAUGCCUAAUCCCAGGACCAGUGCCAGUGCCAGUGGUGGAGUAGCCUGUGAAAUCUGUGGCAAGGUGUUUCGUCAGGAGAAUUACCUGCACGUGCACAUGCGAACGCACUACGGUGUGAAGCCCUAUGUGUGCGAGCAAUGUGGCAAGGCUUUCACAAGGACGUCACUUCUUGCUGAGCACAAGCGCCUGCAUGGCAAUGACUUCCAGUUUGUGUGUAACAUUUGUGGCAAGAGCUACCGCUGGAACAGCUCUUUGCAGCUGCACAUGCAGACGCACACAGACAAGAAGGAUCAUGUGUGCUACAUCUGUAAGCGUGCUUUCCGCUGGCGCAUCGCACUGCGCCGGCACAUGACAGAGCAUGCAGAAGAGUCGCCCUUCAAGUGUGACACGUGCCAGAAGUGCUUCACGGACUCCUACAGCCUGGCGCAGCAUGCUCGUGUGCACACGCGCGAGCGGCCAUUCACGUGCCCUGAUUGUGGACGGACCUUUCGCUGGAAGCACCAGAUCACCCAGCAUGCGUGCGCCAUGCGUUCUGACGGUAAGACUAAGACUAAGAGCAGCUCUCCGAAGACCGGCAGGAAAGCUAGCAGUGCAGCCGUACAGACUAAUCCUCCUGGUCGGUCAAGGCGCUCCAAUGCUGGAAAUCUGUACACCCUUCGCAAACAGAUGGCCGCGCAGUCGGACGGCGAGGGUGACGGGGCACCGUCUUUUCUUGCUCAGCAACCUCCCGCGUGUGAUCAGUCUAGAAGUGCACUACUUACUCCUGGUGCCAGCACGCCUGUUGUGCUCUCACUCAGCAGCCCUAGUGGCCUGGAGUACACGUGUAGCCUGUCUAAUGUCUCAUCGCAGUGCAACCUAUCCUCUGUUGCUGCUAAUGCCGGCAUUCUGAGCGACGCGUUCAAAGACUCGGAGAAGCAGUCGCUUCUGCCGUCGACUGACGCCCGUGCACAUGUUGCAAUCGACGCUCACGGCCAGAAGAAGCUGGUGUUGACCUUACCGCAGGAAGCUUUGGAUGUACUGCUACGAAACCAGACACCCUGUUUCCGCCAGGCACCCGGUGUUGCAAUGGGCAGCAAUCACGGCAUGCUUGAAGACACUAGCACGGCGUUCACAGUAGAAGCGGUGGACGACUGUGGUGUAGCCCAUGGCGAAGCGGCGCUGUUUCAUCUUCAGAGCAUGCCAGUGCCGGAUGUGACCCUUGGCACGCCGCUAAUGCUUUGAUGCCGCACCCCAUGCCCGCCACGCCAGCUCCUCUUCUUUCCGAUGGUAAAGCCAUGUAGAGCCAUGUAGGUUAGUGAUGGUACACUAUGACUGUCAUUGAUGUGGCGAAAUUUGUUUGAGACCUGGAUUCUAUCUGCUAGAGGGAACACGCUGAGUUGGUUGUCUUCCCUCUGUGUGCAAGCCUGUACAAAAUAUUCUCUUUUUUUAAAGAAAUCAAUCCGCUCUCUUGUACAUGCUUACUCACAGUCUUUUUUAAUCCUCUCUGCUGUGUAUAGCGUUGCCGCUGACCAGUUGUUUGUGUCUUGUGUUUGUCUAUCCACAUUGUACAUACGCGCGUGUGGUUAGUGUGAGUGUUUCUAGACUAAUCUAGUGUCACCGUUGAACCCGGACAUACAUGUACGUUGACCAUGAAACUGAUCCUUUUUUUUAAUAUCCCAAAAUAUUUUAAUCCGUUUUUAUUUCCAAGGUCCACCGAUGAAAGAUGAUACAAUUGUGUUUACUUGUG